AGAAAACGUGGUAAAAUAGGAGCACACAUUAACAACAUUAGCUAAGAAAUGAAAACAAAAAAAAAAUAAUAACAUUUUUGUUCUUUAAAAUAGAGCUCAAUUUGAUUAUUCAAAGCAUUGUUAAGCUGACGUAACAUAGGUUUAUGAAAUGUUUGGCAGCCUCUUCUCGAGUCGCUACAACAGCAAAAGGGAAAUAAUCUAUGCACAAUAUGAAGAGACACGUUCAAGGUUUCCGAUCUUGCCGUUCUAUGCACGACCCAAAGAACCCUUUAGGAUCAAGCAUCCCAAGCAAAUUCGCAAAGCGAAGAAACAUCGACCCGCAGACUACGAUUACGAUGAGUGGCAAGUUACUGUGGCAUGUGGCAGUGGCAGUGGGAAGUAAGCGGAAAGGAAAAUUGUAAUUUGGUUUCUCUUUGCUUUCAAGGAUUGCCGGCAAUUUCGUGCCCAUUGUGGUGCGACGAGGCGUCGAGCUGUGGAGCUGCCGCCAAUUAAUGGAACUGGCCCCCAUCCAAGGCAUCAUUGUCUGCAGUUGGCGUUCGUGGCCGCGUGAAGAUGACGAAGAGGCGAAGGAGGAGACGAAAGAGGCGCUGAGACGUCGCUCGAUGCGUCUCACAGAUAAACCAAAUUUAAAGCUUAAGGAUAUUGGCAACUCAAGGGUUGCAAUCAAAUGGCAACAGCGGCUGCCAACACUUGAGACUGGAACUGAGCGUGGCAGCACAGCUGCGUCGGGCCUGGAGAUGACCUUUAUCGAUGGCUGCCAUCGUGACUCCGAGCUGCUGUGCAACAUGUGUGGCAGCAAUUUGGGCAUGUCCAGCGACUUGCAACUGCAUUCGCUCGACGAGUGUCGCAGGCACUUGCUUGCCACGCUCUCACACUGAGCACAACUACCAAAAAAUA